GCUGCCUCAUUGCUGCCAGGCCUGCACAGCCAGCUGCACAGCCUGAAAUCUCCUCUUUAUCAUCACCGCAGGUGUUGCUGCUCUAUCGAGGUGUUGCCUUCUGGAUGGCUCAGUAUAAGCCACUCAUCUAAUGGACUUAGUGCGCACAGAUCGAUGGACCACCAUCCGGACCCAGCUCUGGAAGAAGGAAAUUUCGUCACCAUGGCCCAAGAACCUUUCAUAAUCAUCUCCAUCGACUUCGGCACCACAUUUUCUGGCGUUAGCUGGACUUGGUCCGGCGACCCUCGAAACAUCCAUACCGUCUUAUCAUGGGACGGCAAUGAAGGGUCGGCCAAAGUGCCUACAAAGAUUCAGUACAAAGGCAGCACACCAGUCACCUGGGGUUUCGGGACUGAGGAAAGUCCAACCACGUUUACCUGGUUCAAGCUCAUCCUUGAUUAUGACAACCUACCCCAGAACGUGAGAGACUGCGAGCGCGUCAAGAGCAUUCAUGGCAAGCUGAGAGACUGGAAUCCUUCCAAAGGUAGCGUGGGAAAGGCUGUCAUGAAGGUCACAACAGACUAUCUGACGAUGUUGUGGCGUCAUGCUGUUGACGCAAUAAUAAAGAAGCAUGGCCAAAGUUGGGCUCAAGGAAUGCCCUGCAAAGUCAUAAUUACGCGGCCGGCAAUCUGGAGUCAAAAGGCUACCUCGGACACUCAUACAGCCGCAAGAAAGGCCAUCCGACCUAACUAUAGCCCGUUCGGAUCAGUGGAUAUCUCACUUGUGUCUGAACCAGAGGCAGCAGCACAUGCUGUCCUCCAAGCGCCAGAAGUAAGGCAACGGCCAGAUGUGACGAAAGUGAACGACUUCUUUGUAGUGUGCGAUGCAGGUGGGGGCACGGUGGAUGUCAUAAGUUAUCAAAUACAAAGUUUGAACCCACUGAGGUUGAAAGAGUGUGUCGAGGGAGAAGGUGACCUCUGUGGGGCCGUUUUCAUAGAUGACGACUUCGAACAAUUCCUCCGGCUACACAUUGGACGAACAAUCUGGCAAACACUGGCUUCGGACGUGAUAGACCGAUUGAUGGAAUUCCACUGGGAACAUCAUAUCAAGCGGUCAUUCGACACUAAAAAUCGCUUGAAGAAGUGGCCCGUCGACAUUGCGGGGGUCCGAAGCUGCCACUUCACAUGUGAUCAAAUCGAGGUCCUGUUUCAACCAGUCUGCUCUAGAAUCAGGGCACUGAUUCGAGAGCAAGUAAAACGGAUAUCAAAUCUUUUCGAUAAGAAGCCUAAGGCCAUCAUUCUCGUCGGCGGUCUGGGCUCCUCGAGAUAUCUAGGCCAACUUCUUACUACGGAGUAUGCAUCAGAGAUCGAGAUCCGGUACUCUUCUGGAAAUGAGACGUGGAGCGCCGUGAGCCGCGGGGCUGUUACUGCAGCAUUAGAGGACGCCAUCGUGUCGCGUAUAUGUCGAUUGAAUUAUGGCAUUGCCUACGACAUCCCGUGGGAUGGCAGCGAUGAACACAAUGCGCUGAGUAGAAAUCACGGGCAGUGGGACGAGAUCCGAGAAAUGUACGUGCUGAAAGGGAAAAUGCACUGGAUUGUACAACGGGGAGUACAAAUAUCUCACAUUGCUCCCGGACCACUUUACCGAGCUGCAAUGUACAUCCGGCGGCCGGAGGAAUUGACAAACGGAAGGAUUUCAGUCUGGGUAUGCAGCGAGAGUGAAGCACCUAAAUGGAGACUCUCAAAUGUCAGACGGCUGUGUGACAUCGUAGUCAAACUUGACAUGACAUUUGCACAGCUGCCGGAGUACGUCAACAACAGCGAAGAGUGUUACCGAAUGGUCGAAAUCGACGUGAUCAUGUCCCCAAAUGGAAAUGCUCUCGAGUUUGAUGUUUACUAUGGCAAUCGGCAGCUUCGCAAGGAGCUGCAAUAUCCGGGCAACACAGAGAAUGGCCAGAGAAUCAUUCUCGAGGUGGAUGGUGGGGUGUGAGUCGGUUGAGUUGGACUUGAUGAUUGCUUGUAGUAUUAUGUGUUUAUACAUCUCAACAAUGUUAGCGCCUUGGCGCUCGGGCCGGCGUCUGGCAGUUGUGUCCC